CCUACUUAUAGAAAUUACUGAAUUAAAUAAUUUUAUGGGCAUUAUUGUCGAAUAUUGUUUUAUAAAUAAUCAAAGAUGUUUAAGGCAAUCAUAAUGUAUAUUUAUCACUCCUUGUAUUCUACCGGUAGUUAUCCAGCUGUUUCCGGUAAUUUUUCAAACUUUCAAAUUCAAACUCAAUUAUAAUCUGUCAAAGUAACGAGGCAAUCUUAGUUGAAAAAACCAACAUUUUAUUUUAUUGCCGAGUAAAAUAAUAAUAAAUCAAGCAAAAUGCCCGUUGAGGAGAGUGAGGAGAAAAUUAGCGUGCACAUGUUUGACUCUGAAGCCGACGACCAGAUGACCAAGGAACGAGGUCGAUGUUUGGAGAAGGACUGCACAGUGAGGAAGUACUUCUUGGAGCUACGAGAGUGCACAAAGAGAGUGGAGAGGAAGAUCAGGUACACUGCGGAGACCUGCCACCAAGAGACGGUAGACCUGAUGGAGGCCCUCGACCACUGCGCGGCCGAGAUAGCAUUCUCUAAGAUCAUUUGA